UUGAGGCGCUUGAGGCUAAAAUGGGCUAAAGCCAAACACAAAAACUAGAUAUAUCAUUUGUCUGGAACUGAGUGAUAACUAUUGAUUCAUUGUUUUUUUAGCCUUUAUUGAAAGUACUGUUACAAUGUCUUAUGGGAAAGUUUCAAGACUUCUGAAGGUAUUGCGGAUUGCUCCACCAGAGCCACCCUGUCGCCCCAUCCACCUGACAGCUGCCUGUAGCAAGGUCAGCUCAGGUCGCUACAAGGUCACCCGCAGCAAGAACAAGCCACUGACAUACGAGCAGGCUAACCCACCACACUACCUGUUUGUCAGGAAAGGCUUCAAUUCAUUCAAUACAUCGAACCUCAAGGAUGGCGUGCGUCCCUCCGAGAGCGCCAUGGAGGACAUGUUCAUCCGCAAGUUCAUAUCGGGAACAUGGCACAACAUGUUUCUCUCCGAGGUGAUCAUCAAACGUCAGCUGAACAUGAUUCGGAUCAGCGGAAUCGUGGUCCGAAACAUCUUGCCGAGAAAGAUGUACUUUCUGAUCGGCUACACCGAAGAGAUGCUGACCAACUGGCUUCAGUGUCCCGUCAAAUUAGAGCUGCAAACUACAGACUCUCGAGAGGAUGUAGUGUUCAAGUACAUUUGAAUAGGUGUCGAAGUGAAUAAGUGUGGAUGGCAUUGUGCUGUGUGAUAGCCGUUGAUUCGAUUGUCGGACUGGGCUGCUUGAACAUUAUACAUGUGAGAGAACGUUAGUCGAAUCAAGAUGACGUUGCUUUUGAUACGGCGUAUCGUUUCUGGAAACUGUCAAGUGAUGCAAAUAUAGAGCAUGUGUCUGUGAUCAAGA